AUGCAGGGUACACAGAAAAUGGUCCCAUCAUUGAUGGGUCAGGUCCACCUCACCCUUUGUAAACAAAAACACAGGUCACUGGGGAAACACUGGGGAUCAAAGGUUAAAAGACAAACUUUCCAUUUCAACCCUUGUAGACCAUUACAUGUGGGAAACACAAAUUUGUGCAAUGAUCAUGAGACUAUUAGGAAAAAUGAGAUUGGUAUUCAAAUGUUAUCUCCUAGCCUUCGUGAACAACUGUUUGGUAAAGAAGUUGAACAACAUUCUGUGGAUAAUGAAAAUGGUAAUGCCUCUCCUGUUAUGAAGAAGGUAAAAAAACAUUUGUCUGAUCACGAUUUAUGGGGAAGAGAGUCUACAAUUUUACCAGAUAUUGAUCUUAAGAUCCCUGAGUUGAAAGGUGAUAAUAUAGCAGAACAUAUGGAAAAUCUAGCUCGACAGCAGGUGGAAGGAUACCACGAAUUGGCCAGUCUUAUAGCUAACCCUAACUUCAGAUUUCCUCCUAAACCUGAGACCUGGUUAAUGUCAUCAGGCUGGACAAAAUAUGACAGUGAUACUGGCAAGGCAGUGAAAGUUGACAUCCCUGAAGAGAACAUCCUUAUAUUUGAUGUAGAAGUCCUAGUUCCAGAAGGAAAUUACCCAACCAUGGCUACUGCUGUAUCCCCUAGACAUUGGUAUUCCUGGUGUAGUGACUUAGUGUUGAAGGACCGUUACCGUUGGACCAAAGUGCCAAAUCUGUCGGACCUUAUCCCUCUCGAGUCUGAACCUGGUGUCAAUGGUCAGUCUCCAAAGGAAUGGCCACAACGACUCGUCAUUGGUCACAAUGUUGGCUUUGAUAGAUCAUAUGUGAGAGAGCAGUAUUACAUAGAGAAAUCAAAACUUCGGUUUUUGGACACUAUGUCAAUGCACAUUGCUAUUUGUGGCCAGACAACAUACCAGAGAAUUCUGUACCAGGCAACAAAUAAAGGCAGCCAACGAAAGGAAGUACGCGAACACACAGCCCGCACCAAACAUAUGCAGGUGGAAGAUGAGUGGAAGAUGGUCAGCACACUAAACAACUUAAACGAUGUCCAUAAACUUCAUGUUGGUGGAGAUGACUUGAAGAAAGAGACCAGGGACGUUUUUGUGAAGGGGACGAUGCAAGAUGUGCGAUCACAAUUUCAGGAGUUGAUGGAAUACUGUGCCAGUGAUGUUGUCGCCACAACAAAAGUUUUUCAGAAAUUGUAUCCUGAGUACUUAAGAAGAUUUCCACAUCCUGUAACCAUGGCUGGAAUGAUGGAGAUGGGAACCUCCUACCUGCCUGUCAAUCAGAACUGGGGACGCUACAUUGAUGAAUCCAACAACAUCUACAAUGACCUGCAGAGAGAGCUUAAACUGCUCCUGAUGAAACUAGCAGAUGAGGCAUGUCAUCUUAUGCACAGCCAAGAGUACAAACAUGAUCCUUGGCUAUGGGAUCUUGACUGGAGUGUGGCCAACAUCAAAAUGAAUAUGAAGAAGAAAGCUUUGAAGAAAGAUAAAAAACAGGUCAGCAUCUCAUGCUUGGCUGUUGACAAAAAACUGGUCUUUCAGGAGGAAGUAGAAGAUGACAUAGAUGAAAUCAUUGCCAGAACCUACGCCACGAAAAGUAGAAUCCCAAAGAGACCAGUGCAUGCACCAGGCUACCCUAACUGGUAUCGUGAUUUGUGCCCCAAGAAUUCUGCCCCUGGCUGGAGUGUCGGCCCAUCCCUCAUCAGCACCCUGGUCAGGGUCACACCCAAACUGAUGAGGAUGACUUGGGAUGGCUACCCUCUUCACUACAGUGACAAGUAUGGCUGGGGUUAUCUUGUGCCUGAUCAGGAAAAAGCAGCCAUGGACUUGCAAGAACUAGACACAGCACAAGAGGAAGGGAAGCCAAGAUUUCCUAUAGAGUCAGUGUUCAAGCUGUGUGGGAUAUCAAAAGACUCAGAAAAGAAUGAGGUCCUGAAGGACUUUGAAAAUAAGAUGGACUCUGUGAUGAAGGAUGCAGCUGUGGAUUUAGAUUGGGAUGAACGGGCUCGCCAUUUAGACAAAGCUAAUAUCAAACGAGAAAGACGUCAUUCCGUCAUACGUGAUCGGGAAAAAGGAAUCAUCCUGGAGCCGAUGGAAGAUGAGAGAGUACCAGGAUGUCAUUUCAUUCCACUCCCACACAAGAAUGGUAAAGGCAAUCGUGUUGGGAACCCACUGGCACGUGACUAUCUUAGUAAAAUUGAGGAGGGGACAUUGAAGGCCUUGUCUGGUACAAGUGCUCAGCGCAUUCUCACACUCGGCAGCAUGUCGUCCUAUUGGAAGAACAAUAUGAAGAGAAUUGAGAGUCAGAUGGCCCUUGGUCUAACAUCAUCUGACCUGCCGGAUUCCAUCACCAGUAAAACAGAAUAUGAUGAGAUGGAUUUCCUUGGUGCUAUUGUUCCACGGAUUGUCCCCGCAGGAACCAUCACCAGACGAGCUGUAGAACAAACAUGGCUGACUGCCAGUAAUGCCUAUCCAGAUCGUGUUGGCAGCGAGCUUAAGGCAAUGAUACAGACCCCACCAGGAUACAAAUUUGUAGGUGCUGAUGUGGACUCUGAGGAGCUCUGGAUAGCAGCUCUCAUAGGGGAUGCACAUGCUAAAAUUCAUGGAUGUACUGCAUUUGGCUGGAUGACUCUGCAGGGUAAGAAAAGUGACAAGACAGACCUACAUAGUAAGACAGCCGACACUGUGGGGAUCAGUCGAGAUCAUGCCAAGAUCUUCAAUUAUGGGCGCAUUUAUGGAGCUGGCAGGAUGUUUGCCCAGCGUUUGUUAAUGCAGUUCAAUCACAGGUUGACAGAGGUGGAAGCCACAAAGAAGGCAAACAUAAUGUAUACCACCACAAAAGGCAAACGAAUGAAGGCAUUACAUGAAAAUGAAGAUGGGGGCCUUUUUUAUAAGUGGAUGUGGGCAGGUGGCAGUGAGAGUGAAAUGUUUAACCAGCUAGAAGCCAUAGCGACCAGCAACAAUCCAACUACUCCUGUCUUAGGCUGUCACAUCAGUAAAGCCUUGGAGCCCAAGUAUGUUGGUGAUGAUUUUAUGACAAGUCGUGUGAACUGGGUCGUACAGAGUUCUGCGGUAGAUUACCUUCAUCUGAUGCUUGUGUGUAUGCGAUGGCUGAUUGACGAGUACGAUAUUGAUGCUCGUUUCUCCAUCAGUAUCCAUGAUGAAGUGCGUUACCUGGUAGCAGAAAAGGACAAAUAUCGUGCUGCGCUGGCAUUACAAAUCACCAAUCUCCUCACACGUUCCAUGUUUGCAUAUAAACUUGGAAUGAAUGAUCUUCCUAGGUCUGUGGCAUUCUUCAGUGCUGUGGACAUAGACACCUGUAUGAGGAAGGAGGUGAUGUUGGAUUGUAGAACGCCAUCAAACCCUCAAGGAAUGGAGAUGGGUUACGGUGUGAUGAAUGGUGAGGCACUUGACAUUUUGGAAAUACUUGAGAAAACUGAUGGUGGUUGUCUAACCUCAAACCCAGAGACGGGAACAAUGACUGAUGGUGGCUGUCUAACAGCAAACCCAGAGACAGGAACAAUGACUGCUGAUAAUGAUGAUACAAUCCUGGAAAGACAAGCAUCUAAUGCGAUUUGAACCUGCUGUCCUUUCAUGGACUGAUAUCUUGUUUUUGAUCAUUUAGGGGAAUGACAUCUCAGCAUUUUUACCACUUUUGUGUUCAGCUGCUGGCGUCUCAAUCUGUCAAAGAAUCACUGGAGAUGCUGUUUUGAAAUAGCAUUCAUAUAAUGUUUUAGAAUCAAAAGCAUAUUAUUUUACACUUUUUUUGUUAUCUCUUGUUUUACAUCAUCCUUCCGUCAUCACACAUACAUGUACCAGGACCACUGACUAUGUUUUCAGUACACAUAGUAAUACUUUUCACAUACUCUUUAUUGUCAGAAAUUGUAUACAUUUAUAUCUGAGUGGUGUCAGCUUACUCUGUUCCAGCCGACUUGGAUCCGAUAAGAUACCAGGAAAGAGAAUUCUAACUUUAUGUGAAAGGUUAUUAAAAAUCACCUUGAAUGAGCUUUCAGGCUAACAUUAAGGCCAGUUUGUUAUUAUUAUGUUGAUGUAACAGCAUAUUUGAUUGAAUUAAGUUCAAUAUAUUGAUCACAUGCCAGGCUGAUAAAACAUGGGGUUGUAUGUUCAUGAUUGAGUCACCCCUAUUCAGAGCCUCUUUUAAAAUCAGCUGGAAGUAGAGGUUUUUGCCUGUGUGUUUCAAAUUCAAACAAAACUACAAACAAACAGAUGAAGAAUUGGUGAUCCAAUGUUUAUAAAAAAAAUUAGUCUCCGUUUUCAAUACCGGUGUAAUGAAGAAUUGAUGGUCCUGGUUACAGUGCAACCAUGUUGUCUUCCGUCCAUCAGCAUUUUUAUUUCUAAAGAUUUUCUUAGAAACCAGAAGCUAAAAUUCUUCCAUAGGAAUUUUAUCAUCCUUGUAACCGUUAAAUAAACAUGCAGGUGAUGGGUGUUAAAGGUCAAGGUCAGACUCCAAGCUCUUAUUAAAGUCGUAGACAAAUGAAAUUUUCAUUCCAUUAUGAAGCCAAAUUUGGUUGAAA